AAUGAAUAUUGUUGUUGUACAAUCGAUAGUGCAUAUUUGCAGUUGAUCCGACAACGUAUUCCCAAAUGGAAACAUCGACGAGAUGAUAUUUAUGGUCAUUUGACUCGACCACAAUCGUUGAAUAGUUAAUGAAGUGGUUGUGGAUAUUGUGUUUAUUCACUACGGUAUAUGCUAAAGAAAACCUUGUGUCAGUUGCCCACGUAUUUCUUGGGACAAGACAACUAUUCCCUGUUGUAUUUCACAACUCACUUGACACUAAUAGUAAUCACUGGGACCAAGGCUCUGUAGAAAUAUGGAAAGAGAAAUGGGGUUUUAUGAUGGAAAAUAAUAGUGUAGUGGGAACCAUACAACAAACUUGGAGUGGUAAUGGUACUCAAAAGUUAUUUGUGACUCGAUUGGAACUAGAUGGUCCAACUAGUGGUCAGUUGUAUUGGGCAGAGUUGCUGUUUACCAAAAGUGGAAAGGAGUACAGAGGACCUUGGCAAAAGAAGAUGGACUUUGACUUGCAACCUUCUCAAGAUGGUUGUAUUGUUUCUAAAGGACAGUGGAAGGAUAGUCUGUGUGAAGGAGACUAUCUAUUCUCCACCAAUGAGAACGGAAAGUGGAUUAUUCGAGUCGACGAUAUAGCUCGGAAGAGAAUUGUCUUUUGGUAUGGGACUAGAGAAGAACAAGAAGAUAGAAGACAACGAGUAAACAAGUUGUUGCCUCCUAUGAUAAUCAUAGUUGCCAUCGUUGUCACUCGCUUGUUUCGCAUUUAUUUGAUACCCAAAGCUAAAGUACAAAAGAAAAAGUCUAGUUAGAGCAACAAAUUGUCAAGAGAC